CAGAACGAGCCUCUGGAAUCUAGUGCACUGGUUUCGCUUCACGGAAAGAGGUGACGGUAUGAAGGGUGACGGUAUGAAGGGGAAUCACUGAAGUUAGAAAAGACCACAGAGAGGGAUUAAUGAGAAUCUGAGAAGAGUUAGGGAAAUAGACUGUGAGGAAGAUGAUCAAGCUAAACAUCAAGCCACCUGCUGUUUAAUGCAGCGACAUUGCUGGCAUGUGGCUGCCUGUGCACAGUGGUUCCCUCUCCUCCCUCCAGCUGACGGCUGCAGGAUCCGCACUCAAGUCGACGCUUGCUGCCUUAUUUAUCUUUUAGCAGUAACGUAAAGCAAAAACGUUCACUGAUUCCGCUCAUAUAAAGGAUCUCUGUCUGUACAUCUUCAUGCCGGCUGACACACUGACCUUUGGGAAAACUCUACUGGACGUGGAUCACUUCAAGCCACGUGAAUAACAGAGGCGACCUAUGUGGAGCUCAGGAAGUGUAAACCGACCGGGGCCGGUCCCUGCCUUCCUCAGGAGUCCCACUGUCAUCCCAUCCCCACUGGACAUGAAGCACUUCCUCCAGUUCCCCCUGGAGUCGCCUCACUCGGCCGGCAUCAGCCUCUUCCACAACUUUAACACAAUGGACCCUGUCCAGAAGGCUGUCAUGACGCACACGUUUGGGCCACCUCUGGUGAAGACAAAGCGGCCAAUCAUUUCCUGCAAUGUCUGUCAGAUACGUUUCAACUCAGAGAGCCAGGCAGAGGCCCACUAUAAGGGCAACCGCCAUGCUCGCAGGGUGAAGGGGAUAGAGACAUCAAAGACAGCUCGCCCCCAAGAUGGCGACAAGCAGCACCCUCCACCUUCUGCUUCUCCCUCCCCAAUAGGCCCCUCACCAUCCAGCCCAGAGCCUGAUCCUAAUAAGCAGGAUGACACCCAAUCCUGUUCCAACCUUAACAAGCCACCUUUGACCCCUGGCCAACUUCCAACACCCACACUGAGCUCUACAGAUGCAGAGUGUCCCCUCUUGCCUUCGGUCAGCAUGCCCUUGUCAUCCUCUCCCUCACCCUCACCCUCUGCUAUUGAUCCAGCAGCGUCUGGUCUUCCUGACAUCCCGUCACCAGCACCCAGCUCUAUGUCAGGGGAGUCAGAGGAAGAGAAAGCCAAGAAGCUUCUUUACUGUUCCUUGUGCAAAGUAGCUGUUAAUUCCCUCUCACAACUGGAGGCACACAAUAAAGGUACCAAACACAAAACCAUUCUGGAGGCUCGGAGUGGACUGGGGCCCAUUAAGGCAUACCCGCGUCUUGGUCCCAAACCCAGCCCAGAGCAGGGAGGGGAGUUGUCCUCUGACCCGAACACUCAGGAACGUACCUUCCACUGUGAGAUCUGCAACGUCAGAGUCAACUCAGAGCUCCAGCUCAAACAGCAUAUAUCUAGUAGGAGACAUCGAGAUGGAGUUGCAGGGAAACCUAAUCCUCUUCUCAGUCGGCACAAGAAGCGCACAGACUUUAUGGAACUCCAAAAAACUCUGGGGGCAGGACUUUUACCAAGUCCUCUGGCUGUUGCUGCAGCAAUGGCAGCCGCAGCAUCCUCCAAUCAGAUGGCACUACGUCCUCCUGGCCCAUCCUCCCACCCUCAUCCCCAUCACCACCUCCUGCAGGGAACACCUCUCAGCCUGCUGAGGCCGGCUCCAGGUCCAAUUCGCACCACACAUGGGCCAAUCCUCUUUACUCCUUACUGAUGCAAUGGAUGAGGAACAAUCACAAAGAAGCACACUGUGAAGUGGUGGCCUGCAACUGUUUGCCAAGAAGAGCUCAGCUGGUGUUGUUUCAGCAGUAGACACAACUGUGACUCUUUAUGUGCAAACUGCAGUUACAGACCACCUCUGUUACUAUGAAAAAGAACAGCCACCUUACAAAGCUCAGAUAUUUCAGAGAGACCUAAUGUGUCCAUCCUCCCAGUUCCCUUCAUCACUCUAGCUACCUGCCGAUCAACAAGCAGACUCUGCAGAUAGUAAAAAAACAAACAAAAAUGUUUUGAUCAAGCAUGGACUUCUUUGAGCAUGCUCGAAUCUGAAACUGACUUUAUCUAACAUAUGAUCCACCGUAUUUGAAUCAAAACCCUACCUCUCUUAUGUUUUCAAUGUUCGCCUCCGCAAGGAUUUAUGACAUAUCCAAACAGCAUUAAACAUGCCUGCUGGGGGAGAAAUAGUAACUGCCACAGAUGUUAGCUGGUAUCAUACAGUAGCUGUCACAUAGCGUGGAUAGAACCACUGUUAGGUCCUGUUUUUUGUAGCUUAUAAAGAGAA